GUGGGAGCUGGGGACGAGGAAGAAGAGCUUCAGGGAAAGUGAGCAGGCCCCUGCUUUCCCCGAGAUGAGGGGGCAGUAGGAAGACGCCUCAGAGCCUCUUCAAGUAGGAAUAGGAAGGGUCCAAAUCUGUGAGGGUGUGAGAUUGAGUACCUUCUGAUAAAUAGGUAGAGAACGGGAUGAUCUGGUGUGUCAGGGGAUGGGAAAACCCAUGUUCUUGAGGGCCAGAGAAAAGAUAGUUGAGGGGAAGAAGCUUAGAAUACCCCUACUUUCAGAAAUGACGGGAAUUGGCCAGGUGUCUCCUGAGGGGCAUGAACAAUGACAGCAGAAUCUUAUCUGAGGGUCCUGGAGAGUGAUCCACCUGACGUAGGCAUGUCGAGCCUUGACCUACAAAUCCGGGGAAGUCUUGACUAUCCAAGGAAGUGGAGAAGCAGCCCAGCUAUCUGACUUCAUGUGAAAGAUGGCUAAUGCGGAAGUGAGUGUCCCAGUGGGGGAUGUGGUUGUGGUACCCACUGAAGGAAAUGAAGGAGAGAACCCUGAAGACACUAAAACCCAAGUGAUCUUGCAGUUACAGCCUGUGCAGCAAGGUUUGUUUAUCGAUGGACACUUUUACAACAGGAUUUAUGAACCUGGGUCCGAGAACAACACAGCAGUUGUGGCAGUAGAAACUCACACGAUUCACAAAAUUGAAGAAGGGAUUGAUGCAAGCACUAUAGAAGCAAAUGAGGAUAUGGAAAUUGCUUACCCCAUAACUUGUGGGGAGAGCAAAGCCAUUCUCCUCUGGAAGAAGUUUGUAUGUCCAGGAAUAAAUGUGAAGUGUGUCAAGUUCAAUGAUCAGUUGAUCAGCCCCAAGCAUUUUGUACAUCUGGCUGGCAAGUCCACCCUAAAAGACUGGAAGAGAGCCAUUCGUCUGGGUGGAAUCAUGCUCAGGAAAAUGAUGGACUCCGGACAGAUUGAUUUUUACCAACAUGACAAAGUUUGCUCCAAUACCUGCAGAAGCACCAAGUUUGAUCUUCUGAUCAGCAGUGCAAGAGCUCCAGUGCCCGGACAGCAGACAAGUGUGGUGCAGACACCCACUUCGGCUGAUGGUAGCAUCACACAGAUUGCCAUCUCAGAAGAGAGUAUGGAAGAGGCAGGGCUGGAAUGGAAUUCCGCUCUCACUGCUGCUGUCACCAUGGCUACAGAGGAGGGUGUGAAGAAGGACUCAGAGGAAAUUUCAGAGGACACUUUGAUGUUCUGGAAAGGAAUAGCUGAUGUAGGGCUGAUGGAAGAGGUUGUCUGCAAUAUACAGAAGGAAAUAGAGGAGCUACUCAGGGGAGUUCAGCAGCGGCUCAUUCAAGCUCCCUUCCAGGUAACAGAUGCUGCUGUUCUCAACAAUGUAGCACAUACAUUUGGCCUAAUGGACACGGUGAAGAAGGUAUUGGACAACAGAAGGAACCAAGUAGAGCAGGGAGAAGAGCAGUUUCUCUAUACUCUGACAGAGUUGGAACGCCAGCUGGAAGAGCAGAAGAAGCAAGCUCAGGAUCACAGGCUGAAAUCCCAGACGGUUCAAAAUGUGGUACUGAUGCCUGUGAGCACUCCUAAGCCUCCAAAAAGGCCCCGGCUCCAGCGGCCAGCUUCCACCACAGUCCUGAGCCCUUCUCCUCCGGUCCAGCAGCCUCAGUUCACAGUCAUCUCCCCCAUCACCAUCACCCCAGUGGGCCAGUCAUUUUCCAUGGGCAAUAUUCCAGUGGCCACCCUCAGCCAGGGCUCCAGUCCUGUGACUGUUCACACACUGCCUUCUGGCCCUCAGCUCUUCCGCUAUGCCACAGUGGUCUCUUCUGCCAAGAGCAGCUCCCCAGAUACAGUGACCAUCCACCCCUCGUCUAGCUUGGCACUGCUAAGCUCCACCGCCAUGCAGGAUGGGAGUACCCUGGGCAACAUGACCACCAUGGUGAGCCCCGUGGAGCUGGUGGCCAUGGAAUCCGGCCUCACCUCAGCAAUCCAGGCUGUUGAAAGCACCUCGGAGGAUGGGCAGACCAUCAUUGAGAUUGACCCAGCCCCAGACCCAGAGGCUGAGGAUACUGAGGGCAAAGCAGUCAUUUUGGAGACAGAGCUGAGGACUGAGGAGAAAGUUGUGGCUGAGAUGGAAGACCACCAGCAUCAAGUCCACAAUGUGGAGAUUGUGGUCUUAGAGGAUUAACUGGGGAUCUCGGGGCCAGGAGAUACGUUUUGGUUUGGAAUUUUAAUUAUUUGUUUAUUUUUAUCAUUGUCCCACUCAUUUCCACAUAGGAUCCUUUUUUUUAAACAAAAUCUCUUUGUUGUAACUGAAAAUGUUGGGUACCUCCCACCCCCUUAUUGAAAAAUGGACAAAAACAAGCUGUCCUUCCAGAAGUUGAGAGUAGGUCACUCAGUGUCCUAAUCCUUUUACACCAAGAAAGUUAUUUCUUUUAGGGGAGGCAUCAGGAUAAUCAGAAACCCUGUCCAGAAAGCCCUUUCCAGGCUAGUCUGUCUGUGUACGCAUGUGGCUUUAGUUUUGUAAAGAUGCAUUGACCAAACUCUGGAAUGCAGAUCUGACACUGGAAGGCAGCCCACCCACACAUGGAAGUGGAAGGAUACUUUUUUUGUGUCCUGGAAAGGACCCUCAGAGGCCGCUGCAAAACUGAAAUGAAAGAAAGUUGAACUGUACUUGGAGGGGAAGGUGGCAUACCAGCAGCAGCUUAAAAAGGGAAGUGCUUUGGCCAGGAUGGGGCAAGGAAAUUAUCUUAGCUCCAGAAGUGCAACUGAUGCCUCUUGAUAUCUCGAAGGGUUAUUACCACGGGUGCCAUUUUGAGAAGAGGCCAGAAAGAAGUGGAAGGGUACAUCUCCUUGGACCAAGUGGUAUCAGGGGCCCAGGGCCUGUCGCUUUGCAGAAACAGAAAUCCCUGUUGUCACAGCUGUGCUUUGUGAUCGAAGCUCACCUUCCCUCCCUUCCCAACUUUGUCAAAGCACUUAACCCUCCUAAAUUAGGAUCAGUCCAUUCAUUUGCAAAUAUGCGAUGUGGUGUAAAUUUCUCUGGUUCUUGGACUGUGGCUGUCCUGGGGGUGGGGCUCCAAGGCCAUCAUUUUUAUUGCAUGACUCCAGGCGCAGGGAGUUCCUCAUCUAGACCAGCUGCCCUUUUUGGUGGGGCCCUUUUUUGGCUUUGGAACCAAAAGCAGCCACUCAUUUGGUGCUUCCUCUUGUUCUACCCUCCAUCCCUCAAUUGUUAAUGGCAUCUGUCUCCUGGAUCCCACGCUUUUCAGCUUUUUGGCUGAUUUGGAGAACAGUGACAGGUGCCUGCCUGCCUUCCUCCUCUUUUAGAUUCAUUUAUACCAUUUAUACCACAGAUGUUUCUGUGAGAUAUUAAGCUCAUAAAAAACCUUAGGCUUUGCUGGGAAGACUCAACAGCCCCAGCCUAUCCUGAGGCACCGAGUAGAUGUCUCCUCCUGAGCAAGCUGGACUCCCUGGGAAAGAAGCGUUGUCUGCAACAUUAUAGGAAAUGUACCCGGAAUGUCAAUAAUAAUAUCUUGGGGGGUUAUUAUUAUUAUUUUUAUAAUGUUGUUUGUAUAUUUAGAGCUGGGCCAUUUUCCGUGCUGUGAUUCCUGCUCUUUGACCAUCUUCAGUGUUUGGGGCAAGAGUGGAUCCUGGUUUUUAUUUCUUUGAUUGCAUUGUUUACUGCACUAGGACAAAUAUAGGGAAACUGCAGACAAUUUAAAGGAAAACAAGGUCAAAAAAGAAAGCACACACCUUAGGAGUGGGAAGCUUUUUUUUUUUUUUUUUUUUUUUGGUUUUUAAUUAAAAGCAAAACUUUGACCUAUAGUUUCCUUUUUUUUUUUUUUUAAGAAGGCACCCACCUGAAGCCAUGUUUCUUCCAACAGAUGUUGGAAACCCUAUUGUCAAGCAAGUGAAAACUGUUCUGCCAUCCCUCAGAUGGCUUUAAUAGCUAGAGAAGCCCCUCUAACUUGGGAGGGCCAAUCUUAAUAAGCCUUAAGGGUUAAAUUUCUGGACCCCAUAUAGUUGUGGCUUUGAGCUUUAAAAUUGUAUGGGGUUUUACUUUUCUCUUCAAAAUGUUUAAUAGAUGUAGCAAUCAGCUUAGAACAGACCUUUGGCCCUUUAGUGAGGGAAUUGGCUUUUAUUAUUAUUUCUUUAGGUUUUCUGAUGGUACAUAAACAAACCCAGCAUUUCUAUCUAAGCCUAAAACUGCUACUUGAACCUAGAAAGGCACAUGUCAUGUGCUUAUCAUGGUUUUUAGGGACACUUUUCUCUUUCCCAGAGAUGGGAGGUCCAAUUCAGGACAGAGGAGGAGCCCUGGAGAACACCCACACACUAGCUCAGGUUCCUUACUUUUCCUCCUUCAGCUGUCUGUAGUGUUUUAAAGUAGUGUGAGCAUCACGGUUCCAAAGUCAAGAGAUCUCCUCCUGAAGACAGAACCUGUUUACUUUCACUAUCUGAAUAUUCUGGCUGGUGGAAAUACAUGAGCUUUGUUGUUUUCCUGGUCUUCCAAUAGCCUGUCGUUAUUGCUAGCUGCUGUGUUCCUGGUCGUUGAGUGGGGGUUUCCUCAGAGCCCUGGUCUAAACAAUCUCAGUGUGAGAAAUACGCAAGCCGUUGGUAUGUGCACGAGCAGUUGCAAUGAAUCAUUCCUCAGGCUGACUUGGCAGUAGCCAUCUAUAUUUCUGUUCAUUCAUUAAAUAAACAUUUAUAAGAAC